AUGUGUGUGGUUGUGUGUGUGGUUGUGUUUGCGCGCUCGCGGUGUGGUGUGAAGGCUGGAGGAGCGACGCAGGCUCAAGAUGUGCAGGAGAACGGUGUUCAGCUCUACACCUGGGACGAUGUUGUGGCCUCAGGUUCGGAGAGUUGCUCCGCGGAUUUCGUCUGA